CUAGCCCCACCACCACCACACUUCGCACAGUUUACAGGCUAUCACUCUCAGCACAGAAUAGUUGCAGUAGGGACGGGUUCGUUGGAAAAUCCGGAGAAUUCAAUUGAGCAGUUGUAUCAUAAGAAGAACAAGGAGGCGGAGGGGAAGAUUACGUAAUUUCCUCCAAAUUCAUGCAACAAGUGCGGCGCUAAGUACCCUAGUAUGAUGCCAGCAGCAAAUCCAUCGGGCAUCAACAUCAUCAGCAUCAUCCCGCAGAUUUGCUAUAGCAUGAUUCCCAUCUCGAUAUGCCGACAUAUGCACCGUGCGCACAUACAGUACUCGGACACUCUCAUACAUACAAUUCAUGCGGCGGGAUUCCCGUCUUCAAGUGGGCGGCUUGGGCAGUCGUCCGUCAGUGGACUGUCUGGGGCGGUCUGGAAGGGAUCUCGUUGAGCGUUUACAUGCACCUCCCCCCACUCCCCCCCGUGCACCAUCCCUACAGUGAUAGCUGUGAAAGUGAACUACGGUGCUCACCUGCUGUGUGAAAUGACAGGUGAAGGGACAAAAAGAAACGGAGUACACGAGUACAUACAUGACAUCACUUUUUCUUUUUCUUUUCUUUUCCACUAUUUUUCUUUUGGGGGUUUAUUGAAUUCAUCAAUGGACCCCUGCAAUGCAUAGAAUGAUGUACGGUAGUAUGAUAGUGGGCUUGUAUGCUGACUUGGUAGGAGCGGGUGAGGAGACUCACUCUUCUCCAUUGAUCCACUACUCCACUACGUAUGCAAACCCCGCUACAAUAGAUUUAGUUAGCUAGCUAACUCGCUGGACGAGAGUCAUGACACAUUAGACUAGCUAUACGAUGGGGAAGCCGUAUACCAUGCCACCACCACCACCAUCCAGCUGGCCAGAGACAAAGGAAAGAGAGAGAAGACGAAAGAGAGUGGGCGAUAAGAAAGAAGUAAAAAUAAAUAAAUUACAAUUGGGAAGCUCAAGGAAGCCUGGAUAAAUAAAAAGUGUGCAAUGAUCAAAAAACAAGUUUUAGGUGAGCUAGUUUGGUGAGUACCGUAGAUACUUUACGAAGUGUGAAGAGUGAGAGAAAAAAGAAGGAAAGGCUGUUUCUAGCAAUUCAGUCGAGCCACGUGUGUGUGGCUUUCAACUUUAGAAUGGUCGGUGAACAAUCUUUAACACCGCGGUCAUUUGGCCAUCUCUUCCCCAGGGGAUUUGUCGAGGGUUGGAUAUAACACGAUGGGUGUGAUCUAGGACUUUUCUUUUUCUUUUUUUUUU